GCGCCGUACCCUCUCUCAGAUCCCUACCCGCAGUGCCGCAUACCGGCAUCGGAAAAAGCGCCCGAAGCCCCGGAGCAUCCAAUGCAGCUCUCCUUCGCUUGAUGAAACUAACCCACCCCCAUAUUGCGCUACAAAUAGCCCUUGUGAAGAGAGUCGGGGCCACCGAUAUCCUAGUCGCUUACAAGUUCUCAGUGCUCGCAGCGGGUUUGUUGUCUGAAUCUCAUCUGACCUGUGACCUGUCAGCUUCAAGGUCCCGCGAGAUAUGCGCCGGAUUUCCUCCAGGAAACGCGAGAGGAACCAGAUAACUUGACCACAGACACGAUGGCGGCACUGAUCCGUGGCAGAAACACAGUCAUUCUUUCGUGUUCGGGAGAACACGUCGAUGAAGGCUCGAAGCCCGAUCGUCCCCCGAUCGUCUGGACUACACGUGCGGAUACAACGGCCCUUCGCUUUUAGCUUAGUUCCGUUAUUAUCUCCUACGAAACCAUGUCUUUACAAUUACUGAUUUCGUGCUGUCAGACUCCCUCUCCGAGCCACCUCACUUGGAAGGAAUGGUUGAAAGAUUGUUUAACGAUUAGCCAUGCUACAAUGGUCCCACUUUCCUUAUCAAUUUAGUAGGCAUUGUCGAUGUCUUCAAUUGCAUCCCUCUUCGAAAAUAAC